AUUUAAAUUCAUAUUUCAGCCUAUUGUCUUCAGCUGAGGGAAAGGAACCAGUCAUUAUUUAAUCAAUUUAAGGCCCUGAGUCUGCUAACAGGUGCAUGGAUUUGACUAAAAGUUGAUUUUUUAAAAAGAAUUUUAAAAAAGAAACAUCUGGAUUUCUGGAUGGCAUUGUUUUCUACUCAUGUUCCUGGAGUCCCCUAACACAGCCCUUUUAAAUAUGCAAUGCAGUCCUAUAUUAACAUAUAUUAUGCUUCCAUAUAAGUACAAAUAACCACACAUCUUUAAGGCUUUUGCUCAAUACAAAUAUAAUUUUCCAAUGAUUAUGGAAAGUUCAUUAUGAUCUCUUCUCCUGUGUAAUCUCACUCCCUGCUGAAAGUACUGAACACAGGGCAAGGUGUGAUUCGGCAAACAUGUAAAGUCAAAUUACUUUCCGGGCGUCAGAGAGAUGAAUAUUGCAACAGGUGAUGUCAGUGUGUACUAUAAAGCGGGAGUUCCAGGAGGUCCGCGCACAGAGUAGCUAUUCGCCUCGUGCACCGAUCCCGCCCCUCGCCUAGACCAGCUCGCCUCAGCUUUCAGAAUCAUGGGCAGCGCAAGACUCCUCCUCCUCGUCUGCUUCACGCUCAUCUUGCUCGCGCGCUGUGAUGACUCGCUGGAAGCUCGCUCUCUGGAAAACCCCAUCAAGACGUCCGAAGAGAAGGAACUGAUCGAAGCUUUACAGGAGGUUCUAGAGAAGCUGAAGAAUAAGCAAAUGCCUUCUGCGGAGAAGAAGUUGGGCUGGCUGCCGUCGUGCGAUGCAGGUGAACAAUGCGCGAUACGCAAAGGCGCGAGAAUCGGACAGUUAUGCGGCUGUCCGCGAGGAACUUCCUGCAACUUCUACAUCCUGAAGUGUUUGUAGAGAGAGACGCGCUGCAGCCGCUGGGACCGAGGAGCGACCUGUCGGCUGUAGAACAAGAAACAGGCCAUCAGGGCUGGAUGUCAUUGUAUAUAUUUAAAAUCCUUAGCCUCCUGACCAGAAAAAAAAAAUAUAUAUAUGCUGCAUUGCUAUAAUUCAUCACUGUUCAUCACAUUGUUUCAUACUGAUUGUGCGAUAAAAAAGUCACCAAAUAAAAUAAAUAAUUUGUAAAAA